AUUUGAUUGGUUCAAGGGAUGCUGUUUUUUUCUCCACUGUAGUUAGCUAGUCUGUGUGUACUAGCUAGCUAGCAACAUUGAAAUAAGGUAAAAUGGCGCUGAGUUCUCAAGGAACAAAGAAAAAAGUUUGCUACUAUUAUGAUGGUGAUGUCGGUAAUUACUACUAUGGCCAGGGGCACCCCAUGAAGCCCCAUCGUAUCCGCAUGACACACAACUUGUUGCUCAACUAUGGCCUGUACAGAAAGAUGGAGAUAUAUCGACCUCACAAAGCCAACGGUGAGGAGAUGACCAAAUACCACAGUGACGACUACAUCAAGUUCCUGCGUUCCAUCCGGCCAGACAACAUGUCAGAGUACAGUAAACAGAUGCAGAGAUUUAAUGUUGGAGAGGAUUGUCCUGUGUUUGAUGGCCUGUUUGAGUUCUGCCAGCUCUCAGCAGGAGGAUCCGUUGCUGGUGCUGUAAAGCUGAACAAACAGCAGACAGACAUUGCCAUUAACUGGGCCGGAGGUCUCCAUCAUGCCAAGAAGUCUGAGGCAUCUGGUUUUUGCUAUGUCAACGACAUCGUACUUGCCAUUCUGGAGUUACUGAAAUACCACCAGAGAGUUCUCUACAUAGACAUUGACAUCCACCAUGGAGAUGGAGUGGAGGAAGCGUUCUACACCACAGACAGGGUCAUGACAGUGUCCUUCCACAAGUAUGGAGAGUACUUCCCUGGCACUGGAGAUCUUAGGGAUAUUGGUGCAGGGAAGGGCAAGUACUAUGCUGUGAAUUAUCCCCUGAGAGAUGGAAUAGAUGACGAGUCUUACGAAGCCAUAUUCAAACCUAUCAUGGCUAAAGUGAUGGAGAUGUACCAGCCUAGUGCGGUGGUUCUUCAGUGUGGGGCGGACUCUCUCUCCGGAGACAGGCUUGGCUGCUUCAACCUCACCAUAAAGGGCCAUGCCAAGUGUGUGGAGUACAUGAAGAGCUUCAACCUGCCACUGCUGAUGCUUGGUGGCGGGGGCUACACCAUUCGUAACGUGGCCCGCUGCUGGACCUACGAGACUGCUGUGGCCCUGGACAGCUCUAUACCCAAUGAACUUCCAUACAAUGAUUACUUUGAGUACUUUGGGCCGGACUUCAAACUGCACAUCAGCCCGUCCAACAUGACUAACCAGAACACCAACGACUACCUGGAGAAGAUCAAGCAGCGUCUGUUUGAGAACCUGCGCAUGCUGCCCCACGCCCCAGGGGUCCAGAUGCAGGCCAUCCCAGAAGAUGCCGUGCAGGAGGACAGUGGAGACGAGGAUGAGGAAGACCCCAACAAACGCAUCUCCAUUCGUGCCCACGACAAGAGGAUCGCGUGUGAUGAGGAGUUCUCAGACUCUGAGGAUGAGGCUGAGGGUCAAGGAGGCGGACGCAGAAACGCAGCCAGCUUCAAGAAAGCCAAGAGAACAAAGACUGAGGAAGACAAAGAGGGAGAAGAGAAGAAAGGUGAGGAGAAGAAAGCAGGUGAUGAAAAGAAAGCUGAUGAGAAGAAAGAAGUAAAAGAAGAAGAAAAGCUGCCAGAGGAGGAAAAAAUGGACACAACAAAGGGGCCAAAAGAGGAAUCAAAGACACCAUGAGGAGUUGGUAGCCCUCUUAAAGCAAUUGCACCUGUUCAGAAUGGUUCAGUUUUUUUUAGACUAGUCACCUUUACUGGCUGCUGCAAAGGAAAUUGAAAGGACUAUACAUUUUAAUUACAGUUUCGGCCCCUUCUGAUUUGGAAUGGGCUAAACAUGUAUUUUCUAUUACACUUAAAAUGCUGUUCAAGGACAAAGUCAUGAGUUUUGUUUUUUUAACUACUGUGGUUUUAUUUUUUCCUGCUUUGUUCUGAAUCUUUGUUUCUUAAAAACUGCUAAACCUUCCCCAAACAAUUCUGUAAUUCAUAGUAAAGGCCUGGUACAAGUUAGUAUGCUUUUUCUACAUCUUUUGGAUUUAUUUAAAUCAUAAAUCUGUUGGUAUGUCAUUUACCCCCUACCCUUUUGUGUUUUGAGCCCUGAGUCCCACCAUUGUCCAGUGCCUUUGAAAAAGUAGUUAAAGCAUGACUUUUAGUUCCACUACUCAUGUACUUCUGUUACCUGCCAAAGCUACCCAGCUUAGCGUUGUUGUCCAGGCAGAAGUAACCUGAAUCCUAUUGCUAUAGUACUGUAUGUGAUAAACUGAAAUGUUUGUGAUUGUCUUCCAUCAAUGUAUUGUAGUUUUGUAUUCACUGAGUCAUUGUUUUGUACCAGUGACUGUGUAGGGCCCAUGUCAUCCCAGCAUUAUAACAAAACCAGCAUUUAUGGAUUACUUCACUUGACCAGGAUGUUCAGCAAAGGUAUUUUGGUGAGACAGAUUCCUUUAAGAGAAUGUUUUAAAUCUGAAGUAGUCAAGUUGGAGCCACUCAAAUGUCAUGACACACUUGGUGUUGUGUAUAUACUGAUUUUAUUCUGAAAACAUCGUCAUACCAAUAUUUGAAGGACCACACAAUCUGUUAGACUAUACUUUUAGAAACCAAUAAACAAUACUAUGAAAAGCU